AUGUCGACAAUAGCUCCACGACGGGUAUGCAUCAACGGCCAGAUCUGGCAAUCACCCUUCAAAGUCUUUCUCCCUUCAUACACUCCUCCGAGAUCUUCGAGAUCAUUUGCCACCACUACCGACGAUCUGACUCCUCCAAAGCCACGGACUCGACCAACAUCUUUUGCUGACAAGCUCAAUGCCGGUCCAGCGUUUUCAGACUUCGUUUGGGGUGAUGAUGCGCCUUUGAAGCCUUCCGAAGCUUACGAAUUGAAGACCGCUCUCGUGGGACCCAAGGGAAAGAAGAAGGAGAUCACCCGACUACCUUCUUGGCUCAAGACACCAAUUCCUGAUGGGUCAUCUUACAAGAAGAUUAAAAAUGAUCUACGAGGUCUGAAUCUGCACACUGUCUGUGAGGAGGCACGAUGUCCAAACAUCUCCGACUGUUGGGGCGGCGGUAAUAAAGCCGCAGCAACGGCUACCAUCAUGUUGAUGGGAGAUACCUGUACCAGAGGAUGUCGAUUCUGCAGCGUCAAGACGUCCAAGGCACCGCAACCCCUAGAUCCGCAUGAGCCAGAGCACACAGCCGAAGCCCUGUCGCGCUGGGGUCUAGGGUAUGUCGUGCUCACCAGUGUAGACAGGGACGAUCUUGCAGACGGUGGUGCACACCAUUUCGCCGAGACCGUCCGUAAGAUCAAGUCCAAGGCACCCUCAAUCCUGGUCGAGUGUUUGACCAGCGACUAUGCUGGAGAUCUCGCGAUGGUCAAGGUGGUGGCAACCUCCGGUUUGGAUGUAUACGCCCACAACAUCGAGACGGUCGAGGCCUUGACGCCGCAAGUUCGCGACCGCCGCGCCACCUUCCGCCAAUCUCUAUCCGUUCUGAAGGCAGCGAAAGAGGCCAAGCCAGACCUCAUCACCAAAACAUCAAUCAUGCUCGGAUUGGGCGAGACGGAAGAACAGCUCUGGCAUGCACUCCGAGAAUUACGGAAGAACGAUGUCGACGUCGUCACUUUCGGCCAAUACAUGCGGCCCACGAAGCGACACAUGCCUGUCCAUGAGUAUGUCACUCCCGACGUCUUUGAAACAUGGAGAGUGCGUGCUCUAGACUUGGGAUUCUUGUACGUCGCCAGCGGACCGCUCGUGCGAAGCAGUUAUAAAGCGGGCGAAGCAUUCAUUGAGAAUGUGCUGAAGAAGAGGAGUGCUGGGAGAGCAGAGACGGUCAAUGCGGAGAUUGCUGGCGACAUCAAGGUCGAUGCGUCGACGAUAUAA